GUGUUGACUUUUAUAACCGUUUGAUUUUUCUAAUUUGAAUUUUUUACCAAAAAAAAGAUUCCUCAAUUAUGGCAAACAAUCUGGAAAGUUAUGUCGGAAGAACAGUUUCUGUUAUUACGGUUGAUGGUCGUCAAAUUGUCGGUACAUUAAAAGGAUUUGAUCAGACAAUUAAUAUAAUCAUGGAAGAAUGUCAUGAACGUGUCUACAGUGUUUCGGCUGGCGUUGAACAAGUUUUUCUUGGACUCUACAUUAUUCGUGGUGAUAAUGUGGCUGUCGUUGGUGAAAUCGAUGAAGAGUUGGACAAAAAAGUCAACUAUUUAAUAAUACGAGCCGAACCAUUAAAUCCUGUUGUACAUUAACUGCAAUGUGUUUUUUUUAUUGAAUGAUUGAUAUUCGACAUUUAUUUUUAAUUCUAUAUAAAGCUCGUAACUUUGUAUUGAAAAAUUGUCAAUCAUGUGUAAAUAUAAGUAUAUACCGACAAUAGAGAAUAAUAAAGAAUUUUACAAUUUUAA